AUGAAAACAGAAUUAGGGUGGGUUUUAUCAGGACCGCUGAGAGUACAAGACAUUGAGAGAGCGGAGCCAGUCCAAGUGAAUUUUGUAGCACAGAGAUUGAGUAGUGAAGACAGUUUGGAGAGUAAUGUGCAAAAAUUAUGGAGUUUUGAAGGGUUAGGCAUUAGUGAGGAAGAUAAGGUACAUGAAGAGUUUUUAGAUGAAAUAUCAUUUACAGGAAGUAGAUAUUCAGUCAAACUGCCCUGGAAGGAGAGCCAUAAGAAGUUGCCUGACAACUAUGCAAAUAGCUUAAGUAGAAUGAAGGGUCAGCUGCGACGACUGAGGAAAGAGCCAGCAUUGUUAGCAGAGUAUGAUUCUAUCAUCAGAGACCAGGUAGAGCGAGGGAUAGUGGAGCCAGUAUCUGCAUUAGAGAAGGUUGAAAGGGUUCAUUAUUUACCACACCAGGCAGUAAUUCGCAGGGAGGCAGUGACCACUAAACUCCGGAUCGUCUAUGACGCAUCAUCCAAGGAAGGUAAGUCUGGGACAUCGCUUAACGACUGCCUACAUGUUGGGCCUUCUCUCAAUCCAUUAUUAUACAGCAUAUUAAUACGGUUCAGAGAAAAUAGGAUUGCUUUAGUUGGUGACAUAGAAAAGGCAUUUUUGAAUGUUGAAGUAGAUAAGGCGGAUAGAGAUUGUUUGAGAUUUUUGUGGGUCAAUGAUAUAGAAAGUGAUAAGUUGGAGAUAGUUGUUUAUAGGUUUUGUAGAGUAGUUUUUGGAGUGAAUGCAUCACCAUUUCUAUUGAAUGCAACCUUAAGGCAUCAUUUAACAAAGUAUAACGAAAUCGAUGCUGCAUUUGUAAGAAAGUUGCAGGAAAGUUUUUACGUUGACGACCUGGUCAGUGGUGAGAGUACGGUAGAGAAGACCUUUGAACUUUAUGAUAAGGCUAAGACAAGAAUGGCACAAGGGGGUUUUAGAUUAAGGAAGUGGUUGACCAACAGUGAGGUGUUAAGGAGUAAACUAGAGAUUCACGAAAAGAUCAGGGUGGGAGAAAAGGCAGAGACGUUAUCGCCAACAAAGCGGAACCUCCUGAGCAUUUUAGCCAGUUUGUUCGAUCCUCUAGGGAUAAUAAGUCCAUUGAUAGUUAGUGCCAAGAUCUUAUUCCAGGAGGUUUGUAAUAGUAAGACGGGUUGGGACGACAGCUUUAAGGAAGAGCCUUUAAGAAAGUGGGAAAUCUGGUAUAGGGAUUUGAUUGAGACCAAGGAAAUCACUAUUCCUCGAUGCAUAUACCAACAUCCAGCGGAAGAGGUUUUAGGGUGCACAUUACAUGGGUUUGGCGACGCUAGUAAGAAAGCAUAUUGUGCGGUAGUAUAUGUUGUUUAUUAUACAAAUGUAGGAAGUUAUGUCCGCAUGUUAACAUCAAAGGUAAGAGUAGCACCUCUUAAAACAACUAGCAUUCCAAGGUUAGAGUUAAUGUCUGCGAGGCUCUUAGCGCAGUUACUAAAGUCAGUGAAAGAUUCAUUAGAAAACCAGGUUAGUAUAGAUAAUACGAAGUUGUGGCUUGAUAGCAUGACAGCACUCUACUGGAUAAUGAACAACGGAGGAUUGGGGACAUUGUCCUGGGGUGGAAAAUCCCGCGGAUAUAGGGGUGUAGUUGCUUCACAAUUGAAGGAUAACAAGCUAUGGUGGGUGGGGCCUGAUUGGCUUAUUAGGUCUAAGGAGGAGUGGCCGAUAUUUGAGGCUGCUGCCAAAACAAGUACGGUCUUAGAAGAAGAACGAAAGUCUUCCGUAAUGGUCGUAGCUAGUAGUAAAGAGUUAGCUAGUAUAAGCAAAGUGAUAAAUCUGGAGGAUUAUGGGACAGCGGAACGACUUUUCAGAGUAACAGCAUGGGUACUUAGGUUUGGGUUCAAUGCACGAGCAAAGUCUAAGGGCAUGGAAAAGCGCUGUGGAGAGUUGACAGUAGAGGAGCUUGACGAGGCGGAAAAUAGAUGGAUUAAACAGGCUCAGGCAGAGUUAAAGGAGGCUAAAAAGUACGCCCAGAUUAGUAACAGUCUAGGCUUGAUGGAAGAAGGAGGUAUCAUAAGAUGUAAGGGUAGACUGCGUAACUCUGAGCUAGAGUACAACACGAAACACCCAAUCAUUAUUCCCAAGGAUAAUAGAUUAACUGAGCUGAUUGUCAGAAAAUGUCACAGUGAAGUGCACCAUUGUGGGGUUAGGGCAACCUUGGGCAGGCUAAGGACGAAAUAUUGGGUCGUGAAGGGAAGGCAAAUGGUAAAGCGAGUUAUAGGUAAAUGCGUCACCUGUAAGAAAUUAGAAGGAAGGGCAUAUGGGGGGAGACAGAUGGCAGAUUUACCAGGCUUUCGAGUGAAGGAAGCUGCUCCUUUUUCUAAUGUGGGAGUAGAUUUUGCAGGUCCAUUGUUUGUUAGGUGUUGCACCAAGGCAUCCAAGAAGGCGUAUAUCGCAUUAUUUUCCUGUUGUGUGACUCGAGCAAUACAUUUAGAGCUAGUGCGUGAUUUGUCUGCGGAGACAUUUCUGUGUUGCAUGAGAAGAUUUGCAGCGAGGAAUGCCGAGCCUAAUAGUGUCAGACAACGCCAAGACGUUUAA